AUGGAUGUGGCGGCUGAUCAGCCCCGAUGGAUGCAUCAUCACGCCGUGUUGAACGGGCAACACCCGGACUCUCACCAUCCCGGCCUGGGGCACAACUACAUGGAGCCCACGGCUCAGCUGCUACCGCCGGAUGAGGUGGAUGUUUUCUUUAAUCACCUGGACUCACAAGGAAACCCGUACUACCACAACUCUGCCAGGGCCAGAGUGUCUUACAGCCAAGCGCACGCUCGUCUGGCGGGGACUCAGGUUUGCCGGCCUCAUCUCAUCCACAGCCCAGGGAUUUCAUGGCUGGACGGUGGGAAAGCAGCCCUGUCGGCUCAUCACCACAACGCCUGGGCCGUCAGCCCCUUCAGCAAGCCCAACCUGCACCACCCCGGCUCCGCGUCCCCCGGCGGCCUCUCUGCCGUCUACCCGUGCAGCAGCAACUCAAACACGGUCUCCGCAUCCUCGUUAACGCCGCCGUCCCACUCUAGCCCCCAUCUGUACCCUUUCCCCCCUACACCACCAAAGGACGUAUCGCCGGAUCCGGGGGCAGCGUCUCCCUCGUCCUCCGCCACCAGAAUGGACGAGAAGGAUUCUAUCAAAUACCACGGUUCGUUACCGGAGGGGAUGAAGAUGGAGGGUUCAAGUCCGCUGAGGAGCAGCCUGGCCUCCAUGAGCGCUCAGGCGACCUCCACCCACCAUCCCAUCCCGACAUAUCCCAGCUACUCUCUGCCAGCGGCCCACGAGUACGGCGGCAGUCUGUUUCACCCGGGCAGCCUGCUGGGAGCUUCAUCCAGCUACACCCACAAGAACAAAGGCAAGACACGGUCCUGCACCGAGGGCCGCGAGUGUGUAAACUGUGGAGCCACGUCCACACCUCUGUGGAGACGUGACAGCACUGGACACUACCUGUGCAACGCCUGUGGACUUUACCACAAGAUGAACGGCCAGAACAGACCACUCAUCAAACCCAAACGCAGGCUGUCUGCUGCCAGACGAGCAGGCACCUGUUGUGCUAACUGUCAGACGACCACCACCACACUCUGGAGGCGUAAUGCAAAUGGAGACCCAGUGUGCAACGCCUGCGGCCUCUACUAUAAACUGCAUAACGUGAAUCGGCCUCUGACCAUGAAAAAGGAGGGAAUACAGACACGCAACCGUAAAAUGUCCAACAAAUCCAAAAAGACCAAGCGGGGAAAUGAUUGCUAUGAGGAGUACUCCAAAAGCAUGCACGACAAGAGCUCCUUUAGCGCUGCCUCUUUGGCUGGACACAUGUCCAUGGGCCACUUGCCUCCUUUCAGCCAUGCUGGACACAUGCUUCCCACGCCCACCCCAAUACACCCAUCCUUCGGCCACCCACAUCACCCCAACAUGGUGACGGCCAUGGGUUGA